CCCAGACGCAUGACCAAUGAGCUCUCUCUUGCGCGCCGUACCCAGAUUUCAGUUGACAGCGAGCAUCGGUGUUGUACGCGCGACUUUAAAGCUCAGCAGCUCAGAUAAGUUGGUGGCCAGAGUGGAGACGGUGCAGGAUGAGAAUGAAGCUGCAAGGCAGUGCGGAUGCUUAGCUUUCUGAGGACGCACAAGCGGCGCUCCGUGCCAUUGCGCGCAACUUCUCCACUGCGUGCAAACGCACCGAAGCCGAAUUACAAAGUGGACUUUCUUGAGCAGGAACAAACAUGGCUAUACUCAUUAGUUCUUUGAUUAUUUUCACAAAGUUCCUACUUUAUUUCAAACUGACAUAUUGCAUGGAGGUAGAUUUCUGCAUACCUGUCCGUGUGGAUCACCAAAAGCAUGACAAGCAUUUGAACCGGCGCGCGGAGCAGAUGAAUGAAAGACAGAUAGUUUUUAGACUCAGUGCAUUCAAACAGGAAUUCUACCUCCACCUCACACCGGAUUCUAGUUUUAUUGCACCGGGCAGCUUGCCGCCUGAGAGCGGCUCCUCAGCAUCCAACGACUCUGCAGCCGCUGACUUACGGGACUGCUUCUACUCCGGUAACGUUAACGCGGAGCCGGACUCCUUCGCUGCUCUCAGCCUGUGUAAAGGUCUCCACGGGAGUUUCUCCUAUGACGGCAUGGAGUAUUUCAUCAGCCAGACCAGGACUGAAGACGCAGCAGUCGCGUCUGGAUAUGGAAACUCUUUCGACAGGACGCAUGUCAUCCGCCGCCGGAGACGCGCUGCGCACUCAGGCGGCAACUUCACCAGCAGGUGUGGAGUUACACCUGACGCCAACUACAACAUUUCCCUGGAGAAAUACAAGCACAUGAGCGAACUGGAGAUUGAUGGCUUAACUGAGACUGUGCUAAAAACUUUAGGGAGGUCCAAGAGGUUUGCCUCCAUCCCCAGGUUUGUGGAGGUGUUGGUGGUGGCAGAUGAAUCCAUGGCUAAAUUUCACGGGGAUGACCUGAAGCAUUACCUCCUGACCCUGAUGUCGGUAGCAGCCAGGCUUUACAAGCACCCCAGCAUUCUCAACUCCAUAAACAUAGUGGUGGUGGGCUUCAUGGUGAUAAAUGAAGCUGACAAGGGACCUAAGGUUUCCAGUAACGCAGCCCUGACUCUGCGCAACUUCUGCUCCUGGCAGAAGAAGUUGAAUAAACACAACGACAAGCACGCAGAGUACUGGGACACUGCCAUACUGUUCACCAAACAGGAUCUUUGUGGGGCCACGACCUGCGACACGCUGGGCAUGGCUGACGUUGGGACCAUGUGUGACCCAAAGAGGAGCUGCUCUGUCAUUGAAGAUGACGGUCUGCCUUCUGCUUUCACAACUGCUCACGAACUUGGCCACGUCUUCAACAUGCCCCACGACAAUGUGAAGGCAUGUGAGGAGGUAUUUGGGAAACUAAAGGACAACCACAUGAUGUCUCCCACGCUGAUUCAGAUCGACAGGAGCAGGCCCUGGUCUGUGUGCAGUGCAGCCAUCAUUACCGAGUUCCUGGACAGAGGUCAUGGCGACUGUCUGCUGGACCAGCCUCAAAGGCAGCUGUCUCUCUCAGACAACCUGCCUGGUUCCAGCUACAGCCUGCACCGCCAGUGUGAGCUCGCCUUUGGCCCCGGCUCUAAGCCCUGCCCGUACAUGCAGCCCUGCUCCAAGCUGUGGUGCACGGGGAAGGCCCGUGGCCAGCUGGUCUGCCAAACCCGACACUUCCCCUGGGCGGACGGCACCAGCUGUGGCAACGGCAAGGUCUGCUACCAAGGAGUCUGCUCCGAUAAGAACAGCACCAUGCACAUCAAGGUGGAUGGGCGAUGGGGGAAGUGGGGUGCGUUUGGAGACUGCUCCCGAAGUUGUGGUGGAGGAGUUCAGCUGGCCAAGAGAGACUGUAACAACCCUGUUCCUGAGAAUGGAGGCAAAUACUGCUACGGCCUUCGCAUCAAAUAUCGCUCCUGUAACCUCAACCCUUGUCCUGAAACAGGUAAGAGUUUCCGUGAGGAGCAGUGUGAGGCGUUCAAUGGCCUCAACCUGAACACCAACAGGCUGGGUUCCUCUGUGGUUUGGGUCCCCAAAUAUUCCGGCAUCUCUCCCAAGGACAAAUGCAAGCUCAUCUGUCGUGCCAAUGGGACCGGGUACUUCUACGUGCUCGCUCCAAAGGUUGUGGAUGGGACGCCCUGCUCUCCUGACACCUCAGCUGUAUGUGUUCAAGGAAAAUGCAUCAAGGCAGGCUGUGACGGCAAGCUGGACUCCAACAGGAAGUUUGACAAGUGCGGCGUGUGUGGCGGCGACAACCAGGGCUGCAAGAAGGUCUCAGGAAUGUUCACCAAACCUAUUCAUGGCUACAACUUUGUGGUGAUGCUGCCCGUUGGAGCUUCCAACAUUGACGUCCGUCAACGUGGCUACCGAGGAAUGGUCAGCGAUGAAAACUACUUAGCGGUGAAGAAUGGGCAAGGCAAGUACCUGCUCAACGGCAACUAUGUGGUGUCAGCCGUGGAGCGUGACUUGCUGGUGAAGGGCAGCUUGCUGCGCUACAGCGGCACUUCCACAUCUGUGGAGAUUCUUCAGGCCACCAGACCCCUGCAGGAGCCUCUGACUGUGGAGGUGCUCUCAGUAGGGAAGAUGACCCCUCCCAGGGUGCGCUACUCCUUCUACAUCUCCAAGGAGAGCAAGGAGGAGAAGACUCUGCGGAAAGAGGAGAGAAGCCACUCAGCUCAUAAUAGUGUCUUGGCGGACAGUAAUAGGGUAGAGGCCAAGAAGCAGAUGAUGGGUAAGAGGCCAGUCAGUCAUUGGGUGACAGGAAGUUGGGAUACUUGCACGGUGACUUGUGGGAAUGGUCUGCAGAAGAGACUGGUGCAGUGCCAGAGUAUGGAGGGGCGUCCUGCAGUGGACUGUGACAGUGCUGACAGGCCUGUAGCGGUGAGAGCAUGUGGGGAUCCAUGUCCCAUGUGGGAUGUAGGGGGCUGGUCUCACUGCUCCAAGUCCUGCGGAAGGGGCUUUAAAAGGCGGCCAGUGCGCUGCAUGACCGAAACUGGUCUGAAUCUACCCAGAGAGCACUGCUCUGGAAGGAGGAAGCCUCAGGAACUGGACCUCUGCAAUCUGAAGCCAUGUUAGAGCAGAAGAGACACAGCCCGAGGACUUCUUUUUGUCAGUCAGGUGAAGAUUUGAGAUGAACUAGAACCCAAAUCAGCAUGAUAAUGAUCCCAUGGCUGUGUUGGGUGAAAAUACUCUCAAAUGCAGCCUGACCACGUCUGAAGGGACGUCUGCUACACGGAAGAAAGCCAAUGGAGACAGAGAGGGUCUCCAUCCAUUGUUUGAAAAGACAGACAUCUGUUUGGAUGAGAGAAAAGAAGAAAAGCUGUCUUCACGUAAACUGUCAAACCAUCUGCCUCAGGUUUGACUCGUGGUUAGUCUACCUCUACCAGGAAAGAUGAUACAAUGCCUGAGCAUAUACAGAGAGCAACAGAGGAGGAAGAUUCAGAGACAGUGAUCACACACAUCUGCACACAAACAUAAUUUCUUGGUAUAGUAAAUGUGCAUGGCAGAAAGAAAUGGAAGUCCAGGACAAACAGAUAAAGCUCGUUGACGUACAACCUCGGCGAUCACACUGUGCAGUUAUCAGAAGCAAAUAUCUCACCUGUGAAUUGACAUUUUUCUCAUGUUACUGAAGAACUAAUCUAAAUGUGAACACACAGUACUGUAUCAUUCAUGCAACAUUCAAGACCUGAUUGAUCCAUGCAGUUUGUCAUUGUAUUUUUUUCUUGAGUCAGUGCUUUUGGCUGUUGUUGGCUAAUGUAGAAUAAUCAAAGCCAGCAGCCAAUCCCACUGCCAGUUAGAGUCACAUCAUAGCUUUACAAGUUAUUCAUCCUUCCAAAAUGAAAAACAGUCAACAAUAUAUCCAACACACUUGAUUCACUCCUCAUGAAUUUGAUCAGUAUCAAAGAAUUCCUUAAUGUCACUCAUGACCAAAAAAAGUAAAAAUAUUUUUUUAUUAAAGUAAAACUAGUUUAGCGCUAAGCAUAUUUCAUGCAGUGAAUGUAGGCUAUUUGUAUGGUGCAAUCAUAACGCGUCUGUGUCCGCUGUGUCUAAACCAAACAAGCCAACACUCAGCUGUUUGUUCUCUGUUGCCAAAGAAUUAUAACCUUCAAAGCAGCCUUAAUAUUGUGAGAGACACCUCUCUGAUUGAACUUUUUUUUUUUUUAAAUUUUGUCUUCAGCAUGCAUAUCUGCUCUGCACACGUGAUGGUUCUUAUGAUAUCCUACGAAUUACGACCCCACAAAUGACGUUACAUACUUAACGUAAAGUUAAGGAGGUUAGGCUUAGGCAGGUAAAGUUACAGUGGUUAAGUUUAGGAAAAGAAACACGAAGAAGACGUCCCUCAAAAUGACUCAAAGUUCACACGAUUCUGAGCGCUGGUCUCCUGAGGGAAAGUCCUACAUUUUGUGACCUGCCUCCUAAUUGGACUGCUCAUGGGCCACUUCCUAAUUUACUCUAUAUAUAUAUAUGAACAGUGCACGAGAAGUUGGCUCUGAAAAUCACUUGUGCUGUGUUCCAUUGGGGAAAGAAUUAUCCCUUUAAUAUUCACAAUGGUGCCCCCUAGCUUUGCAUUAAUUCAAUUAAUUUAGUCUUGUUCAGUAUCCAUUUAUGUAGAUAAAGAUCUUAUUUCGAUACAGCCAAUCAAAUCCUUGCAUACAGCAGUAACGUCAGCGUUCUUUAGUAUUCUGCCAAAUAAAGUGAACAUUUGCUUUGUUGCUCUGGUGGUUGAUGGCAUUUCCUCAACAUUCACAGGCUUCUAUCUGCUGCGUGGCUGCUCCAUCACUUUUAACUCUUAAUGUGCAGACGCAAUGCUAUAUGUCAGCCCAUCAUUAUACUGCCUCAGCCAUCAUAAUGUAUUAGGUGUGAUCGUUUUCUGAGGUGUUACAGUUACUCUCAUCAGUGAACUGCUUCAGAAUAAGAAAUAUCUUCAAUAGGAAACACAUCCAUGGUGAAAUUAAAGGGACAAUCCACCCUAAAACACAAACACCUAUUGUUGUACUUUGCAUCUUGGCAUUUUAUUUUGUUUUUCAAAGGGAUUAUUUUCAUUCCACUGGAUAAAACUGCAUGUUCAACACAGCUGGAAAUAUGUGUGGUUAAAUAGCAACAUGUUCUUAAUCUCAACAGCUUGGUCAGUGGCCGUACACUUUCAACUUUAAUGCUCUAGGUACUCCUCAGACACCAGCUUUGGGUGCCCAUGGACGGCAUGCCAAUUCCCGUUCGUUACACACACUGUCUUUUCGAAGUAAACUUCAAUUUUCACAAAAUAACGUAGAUUUUGUCAUCAAAAGUACUUUAGAUUUAGGCAACAAAACCACUUGGCUUCAUUUAAUGAAUACAUGAUGUUUUGGGUUAAAAUAAGUAUGUCUGUUAUAUAACUUAAGUAAGUUAAUCAUGUGAUGUAAGAGAUAUAUGUCAACAACAAACUCAACGUUCCAUACAGGACACAUACAGCAGUCUCCUGGGUAAAAGUCCUUUGUCCACCACCCCUUCUUCCGUCAUUGCAGUCCACUCCCAUUCAGAAGUUAUCAAUACUGCUGCUUUGUCAGUGAUUUCAGCAUCAGACACUGACGCCAAAAGUCACCUUUCAUGGCAGUAUGAUACGCUUCCGGGCAGCGUCAGUUUGUAACAUGGCCAGAUGGAACCUUUCACAGCAGUAUGAUAGGCGGACCUGUGACAUCAGUUCAUAACGUGGCCGGAUGGCACCUGUCACAGGACGGUAUCAGUUUGAAUCCCUGCCAGUAUCUACAUCAUAUAAGGAGCUCCGAAGUCCCUACAGGGUGGGCAGGAGAGGUGGUGGAUGGGUCCAACAAAUCCUGGACUUUCACCCAGGAGGCCGGUGUUCACAUCCUAUAUGAAUGUUGAAUUUAACCAUGAUGUUUAUUUCUAAACCUAACCACGUGCUUUUGUUGAUGUUGCGGCAUCGGUUGCAGAAUUCCAGAACGUCAACAGCAGAUGCAGGAGGAUACCUAGCAUGUAAUAUGUAGACGUGAAAGUCCACUGACAAAAUGGUGAUAUGUGACGACUUGGGAUAGGAAUGCGUUGGUCAUUUCCUUGGGUGGGUUUACACUGGAGUUAGAUGAAAGCCCGGUGCAUCUCAUACACACCCUAAAGGGAGCCUUGUGCAUCAGAAUCAGACACUGAUGGCCACUGACCAAGCUGCUGUAACUGAAGCUAUGAGAAUGAGAACAUGCUGUAAAUAGAAAGGGAUCAGCAGUCUUAAAAAUACCUGAUAAAUGUCCAGUUUUGGUGUCACACCCUUAGAUUUGAAGGGAAAGGGCGUCUGUCUGGACUCACUCAUUUUACAUGUUUACAAUGUUCAGACAGAAAUUCACUGAGAGAAAAGAAUUUCACCAUCUAAGAGAUUAAAACCUUCAACAUUUCCAAUUCCAUCAUUCUUCAGAAAACAACACAUGGAACCCAUAAAUCAUCACAGAGUAAUGGAUAACUGUUGUCCUUUAAGUGGAUGGCUACAAUGUCAACACAUCCUUCAACAAAAAAUUGACUUCACUCUUAAUUUCCAGUCUGAUUUGGUUCAGAGGACCAACUGCACCAUCUAAAAGAUGGUAUUGUACAGUUAGUUUUGUUUUCUUUCGCAUCAUGUACAGAUAAUGUUAUUUUUUAUCACUUGUCUUUUGUAUUGUAUACUAUGUAUACAUUCAUCUAGCUGUAUAAAAUAAAGUAUAUAUAUGAAUAUAA